GCGCCUAGAAGCGGCCGCCGCCCGCCCCCGCCGCCCGCCGGAGGGGCCCUUUGUACGCCUGCGCGCUCGCGCUCCCGCCCUCUCGCUGCGCUCGGCUGAGUCAGUCAGUCUGUCGGAGUCUGUCCUCGGAGCAGGAGGAGCGAAGGGACUUUGGAGAGCCAUCUGCCCGAUUAUUUUCUUUCCCCUCCCUCUCUCCCGCCCCACAUUUCUCUUCACCCCUCUCCCGCCCUUGCUCGCGCAGCCAUGGCUGAACCCUCCGCGGCUACUCAGUCCCCGUCCGUCUCCUCGUCGUCCUCCGGGGCCGAGCCCUCCGCGCCCGGCGGCGGCGGUAGCCCGGGAGCCUGCCCCGCCCUGGGGCCGAAGAGCUGCGCCUCCUCUUGUGCGGAUUCCUUUGUUUCUUCCUCUUCCUCUCAGCCUGUAUCUCUAUUUUCGACCUCACAAGAGGGAUUGAGCUCUCUUUGCUCUGAUGAGCCACCUUCAGAAAUUAUGACUUCCUCCCUUUUUGCAUCUUCUGAAAUACAUAACACUGACCUUACAAUACUACGUGGAGAAAAAAAUGAAGUGUUAGGCAGCCAGCCUAUUUUAGCCAAAGAAGGAAAAGACUGCUCGGCUCUUGUAGGUGUGAAAAAUAUGGAACAGCCUCAGCAGACCAGUAAAGACACAGCCGACCCCCCAAUUUCUGUUGCAGAAGGAGGUCGCUAUAACCGUCCUUCCAUUCCAGCCAGUUUCCCAAAUCAUCCUGCUUUGCUUUCAAAGGAAGUUGGUCAAAUGGGACAGCAAAUAAAUGAAGACCAAGAGUCCGAGAACCCGAAUGAGGUACCAGGUAGGGACGAUCAAGUUGCGUUGGACGCUGAUGACAAGUUCACUUUGCUCACAGCCCAGAAGCCACCCACUGAGCAGUCUCGGGUGGAAGGCAUUUGUGCGUACUCCUUGGCCCCAUCCAGGGUGUCAGCAGGCAGUGUUACUGAAAAAGAUUCUCCUGAAUCACCAUUUGAAGUAAUAAUUGACAGAGCAGCAUUUGACAAAGAGUUUAAAGAUGCAUAUAGGGAGAGCACAAAGGAUUUUGGUAGCUGGGCAGUGCCCACUGAUAGGGAAUCAGCUGCAGACAUUUCGGAGUCUAAUGACAAAGUAUUUCCACUGAGAAAUAAAGAAGCAGGGCAUUACCCAACCUCUGCACUGCUCACUAGGCAGUUUUCACACACCACCGCAGCAUUGGAAGAGGUGUCUAGAUGUGUGAAUGAUAUGCAUAACUUUACUAAUGAAAUACUGACAUGGGAUUUGAUUCCCCAAGUGAAACAGCAGAGCGAGAAAUCUGACUACAUCCCGAAAAGUACAAGACUUGACAUGAGUGAAUAUAAUUCAGAAAUUCCAGUUGUAAAUCUUAAAACAAACGCUCACCAGAAAAUUCCUGUAUGUUCUAUUAAUGGGAAAGCUCCCAUCACUAAAUCAACAGGUGAUUGGGCAGAAGCAUCUCUCCCACAAGAAAAUGCUGUCGUUGAAAAACCUGUACCAGGCUGUCUGAAUUCCACAAAGGACAUCAAGCGCAAAAGUGUCCAAGGCAACGUGCAGAAACAAGAUGACACACUGUCAGUGUUACCUGGAUCUCUGUUUAAGAAAUGUGUCUCUCUGGGUUCUGGAACAGACACAGUGAAAGUGGUUUUACCUGAAGACCACCUGGAAGAUGAAAUGAACUGGCAGAGCUCCGUGUUGGGAGAAGUAACAGAGGCUGAUAGUUCUGGUGAGUCUGAUGACACAGUCAUAGAGGACAUCACAGCCGAUGUUUCAUUUGAAAGUCACAAAAUUAAGGCUGAAAAUCCUGUUUCCAUUCCAAGUGCUGUGGUAAAAACAGAUGAAAGAGAAAUCAAAGAGAUUCUCAUUUGUAAUAGGGAAAACAAAACACUUGAAAACUUCGACGUGUCUAUCAGUGACUCUGAGCCCCAAGUUCAGCCUGAUAUCCUUGAAAGGAGUCCAGCUCGUGAGGCGGCAUGUUCCCAAGUACCCAAUAAGAAUGUCAUGUCAGAAGAUGUGAAGCACUCCAAGAGUAUGAGUGAAAUUGCUCCUGAAGAGCCUGUUAGAACUGAGAACCCAACACUUCCUUCAGCAGCAUCUUCAAAUGUUUUUAAUGAGACAGAAUUUUCGUUAAAUGCGACAACCUCUUCCUGUUUGGAGUCAUUACAUGAAAGAUGUGUUAAAGAUAUAGAUGAUUCGUCCCCAGAGGACCUGAUAGCAGCCUUUCCAGAAACCAGGAAGAAAAGAAUAGUAGAUAAAGAUGAAAGAAAGGCCUUUGAAGCAACAUCAGAGAAAACUAUGGACUUCAAUAAAACUAUUCUUCCUGUAAAUUUCUUGCAUGAAAGUGAGUCCGGUGAUUCUGAAAUUAAAGACAUAAAAAGCAAAUACUCUGAACAAAGCCAAGAAACAAAGGGAAGUGAGCUUGUGGAUGUUUUCUCCACCCAAGGUGCUCCAAGCGCAUCUUUCUACUUAGAACAGGAACAGCUCACAAUCAGAGCCCUUAAGGAAUUGAGUGAAAGACAGGUUGACAAGUCAGCUUCUGCACAGGAUAAAGUAGAAUCUCCUGAAGAAAUACUCAAGCAGACUUUCACAUUUGUUCCAGAAUCUUCUUGGCCACAGAGAUCUUACGAUGUCCUAGAACACACAGAUGUCAAAACUGGAUCUGAUCUUGGGGUUUCCAAAAAGCCCACCAUUAUCAAAGAAACUGCUAGCAUAGAUGUUAUUUCCAGCCUUAGCAAGACUGACCUGGUAAACAAGCAUGUCCUCGCAAGACUUCUGACAGACUUCUCAGUGCACGAUCUGAUUUUCUGGCGAGAUGUGAGGAAGACCGGGUUUGUCUUUGGCACCACACUGAUCGUGCUGCUUUCCCUGGCGGCUUUCAGUGUCAUCAGUGUGGUUUCUUACCUCAUCCUGGCUCUCCUCUCGGUCACCAUCAGCUUCAGGGUCUACAAAUCUGUCAUCCAGGCUGUACAGAAGUCAGAAGAAGGCCAUCCAUUCAAAGCCUACCUGGAUGUAGACAUUACUCUGUCCUCAGAAGCCUUCCACAAUUACGUGAAUGCUGCCAUGGUGUACGUCAACAGGGCCCUGAAACUCCUCAUUCGCCUCUUUCUGGUGGAAGAUCUGGUUGACUCCUUGAAGCUGGCUGUCUUCAUGUGGCUGAUGACCUAUGUUGGUGCUGUUUUCAAUGGAAUCACCCUUCUGAUUCUUGCUGAACUGCUCAUUUUCAGUGUUCCGAUCGUCUAUGAGAAGUACAAGACCCAGAUUGAUCACUACGUUGGCAUCGUCCGUGAUCAGACCAAGUCGAUUGUUGAAAAGAUCCAAGCAAAACUACCUGGAAUCACAAAAAAAAAGGCAGAAUAAGUACAUGGAAACCAGAAAUGCCAGUUAC